UCUGCGUUCGACGUUCACUCGCGCAUCCGACCUGGCAGGUUGACAAUCGAACCCGUCGCUCCGCUCGAACGCACGAAAUUGCACGACAGUUGCGAGAGUUCGAAGUCUUCGUUUUUUUUUUUUUUUUUCGAAACAAUCGGCAAAAAAGAUGAGCAAAGUGAAGGACCUGGACGAGUGCUACAGAGUCGCCGAGGAGUUGAUUUUGUGCGCGGGAAAGAUAAUAGAAGACAGCAUCGACACCAAGAAGACCGUCAAGAGCAAAGGAAUCGAUUGGGAUCUUGUCACGGAAUACGAUCGCAAGAUAGAGGACAAAUUGAUAAAACAAUUGUCCGUACGAUUCCCAUCGCACAAAUUUAUUGGAGAAGAAACGGCGGCGAAGGAAGGUUGUUUGCCGCAAUUGACUAACGAUCCAACAUGGAUAAUAGACCCGAUAGACGGCACGACCAACUUUGUGCAUCAUUUUCCGCACACUUGCAUUUCCGUGGCGUUACUGAUCAACAAAAAAGCGGAGAUCGGCAUUAUAUACAAUCCUCUCAUGAGGCAGUUCUUCUCCGCGAGAAGACACUGCGGUUCCUUUCUCAAUGGCAAGCCCAUAAAAACGUCAGACGUGAAAGACGUAUCUCAAGCAUUGGUCGCCAUGGAACCUUGGAUAGCGAAAGAUCCUCAGUAUCUAGCCAGUGUGUACAGCAGAAUGCACGCUCUGAUACAAGGCACUCAUGGAAUAAGAUCUCUAGGAACAGCUGCGCUCACAUUGUGCUAUGUGGCAAUGGGAGCUGUAGAAGCGUAUCAUAUUGAAAGCAUAGAUGCUUGGGACGUUGCAGCCGGGAAGUUAAUAAUUGAAGAAGCGGGCGGAGCUGUGAUAGACACUGCUGGAGGAGAACUUGAUAUAAUGCAGCCUAGAGUCAUAGCGGCCUGUAAUCAGCAAAUUGCACAACAACUUGUGGAUCUUUUCAAGAGAGCCGAUUCUGAGAUGCUCAAUAAAUACUUAAAUUAAUUGCACCGAUAUACGUGCUUCUCGUCACAUUGCAUAAUGCUAUGUGUACAUACAUACAUAUCAUGUGUGACCUUUAAACACCCUUAAACACACAGUAUUAGACAAGACUAGACAAUGUAUGUAUUAUAUUUGCAAUCAAAAAUCACUGUAUUCUAAGAUUGAGAUACCUUGUAUCUUAUAUUUUACCUUAUAUACUCUUGUACAUAAUACAUAAUUCUUACUUGUUACACAUCUGUACAUAAUUUUCAUAGAAUAGAAUCAAUAAAUGUUUAUUUCAAUUA